AUGGGGGAGCAAAGAAAGGGCGAGCAUCGCCCAAUACAGACCAGCGCCGUCAUUGUUCUCAACGCCUCGAAGCGCCCGAUUACCCGGCCUCCGUCGCCGCCGACGCCGUCCGUGGUACCUGCCGAUACGACGGCACCGUUCACGGAGUCGCCCGAGCCAUUUCAACUGGCGGGCCAGCAUAUUCCAUAUAGAUCACAUACCCCAUAUACAGCAUCGCAAAGCCCCCAGGAUACGGGAACUUUUGCAGAAGACGAGGGCAAAAAAGAGGUGCGCUUGCGCGAUGGCCUGCAUGUGCUCAACACAGAGGCGCUCGCGCUAGCCAACCUCACACAGCUAUACGAGACGGAUGCCUUUGCGCAAAACGGCUUCCACAAGGCGGUGGAAGCCAUCACGCGGCAGGGCACGACCAACAGCAAGCUGGUGAUUGUUGGCGUCGGCAAGUCGGGGCUGAUUGGCAAGAAGCUGGUGGCGACAUUUCAGAGCCUGGCGGUGCGCGCCGUCUUCUUGCACCCGACCGAGGCCCUCCACGGCGACCUGGGCAUCGUGGGCCCCGACGAUACGCUCCUAUUCAUCACGUACUCGGGCUCGACGCAGGAGCUGCUGGCCGUGCUCCCGCACCUGGACGAGUCGCUGCCGACGAUCCUCAUGACGUCGCACACGCGACCCGAUGCCUGCGAGUUUAUCAAGCGACGGCCCGGCACCAUUCUCGUGCCGGCGCCCGUCCAUGAGCCGGAGCGCGUCUCGUUUGGCGUGUCCGCGCCGACGACGUCGACGACUGCAGCCCUCGCCCUCGGCGACGCGCUGGCCAUGACGGCCGCGCACGAGCUGCAUCCCGACGUCGCGGCCGCUUUUGCCAAGAACCAUCCCGGUGGCGCUAUUGGUGUCGCCGCCGUCGCAUUGUCAUCGUCAUCAUCAUCGUCGUCGUCGUCGUCGUCGUCGUCGGCCAAAAAGGUGCUGGUGCCCCCGCAGGCCGUCACGCUGCGGCAAAUCGCCGUUGGCUGGGACCACAUCCACGACGCCAGCCAUCUUCGCGGCGACAGCCCGGCGGCGAGCCUGCUGCGGGCGGGCUACGCCUCCAAGCACGGCUGGGUGCGGGUGGGCGAGGACAUUGCGGCCCCGCGCCGGCUGCGCGGCCUGCGCGACGAUGACCUCUUCCAACCCUUGGGCAAGCUGCGCAGCGGCGGCGGCGGCCUGCUCGUCUCGUGCCACGACUUGCUGGCCAUGUCGGCCGAGACGACGGUGCGGCAAGCCCGCGAUAUUCUGCGUGGAACAAUCGGUGGUGAGGACGAAGGCGGAGAUGCCGCUGCGGCCAGCAGCAGCAGCAGCGCGGAUGGCGAGGCAGAAGGCGCGGCGACGUCGGCUGUGAUUGCAGUGACGGAGAAUGGGCGCAUCUACGGCGUGCUCGAGGUGGCGCAGGUGCUGGAGCACCGGGAUUAG